AUUAUCAAACGAAGAAACCUCGGCUGCGGUGUUUUCAAAUCAAAGUCUCUUCUUCUUCUUCUUCCUCGGCACGGCACGUUCCCAGUCGAGUCGAGUUCGCUUCCUGCUGACGAAGGUCCCUUCCCCAUUUGAUUCCGCUCCUCCUUCUUUCUUCUUCCGAUCCCCCCCAACCAGAGGAGAGGGGGAUAGAAUAGAAUGGCGAGGAGAGCAGAGGAAGAGUACGAUUACCUGUUCAAGGUGGUGUUGAUUGGCGAUUCCGGCGUCGGCAAAUCCAACCUCCUCUCCCGAUUCACUCGCAACGAGUUCUGCUUGGAGUCCAAAUCCACCAUCGGCGUCGAAUUCGCCACCCGCACCCUCCAAGUUGAGGGAAGGACUGUGAAAGCACAGAUAUGGGACACCGCUGGACAGGAGCGAUAUAGAGCAAUUACCAGUGCCUACUACAGGGGUGCCCUUGGGGCUCUUCUAGUGUAUGAUGUGACAAAGCCAACUAGUUUUGACAAUGUGAGUCGAUGGCUGAAGGAGCUGAGGGACCAUGCCGAUUCCAACAUUGUCAUCAUGCUAAUUGGGAACAAAACCGACUUGAAGCACCUUAGAGCAGUGGCUACUGAAGAUGCCCAGAGUUAUGCCGAGAAAGAGGGUCUCUCUUUCAUUGAGACAUCUGCGCUCGAAGCGACGAAUGUCGAGAAGGCUUUCCAGACUAUUCUCUCAGAGAUAUACAGGAUAAUUAGUAAGAAGCCUCUGUCCUCAGAAGAGCCUGCACCUGCCAACAUCAAAGAAGGGAAAACCAUCGUAGUUGGUGAAUCAGAAGCCAACACGAAGAAGACAUGCUGCUCCUCAUCUUGAAGAUCAUCAUAUGGUCUUUCACCUUCCCAUUGUGCUCCUUGUUUCCUCAAUUUCUCUGCUGGUUUAUAUGAUGUCCCUUAUCUUUUUUUUUUUCUUUUCCAAAUUUUUGACUGUUUCCAUGAUUAUUAUUGGGUCAUUCGACGAUCUUUUGUGAUGGCUUGAGUUACAUUUUUAUGAUGAGUUGUAGGAAAUUUUUCUCAGCUAAGAGUGUGUGGAAGAAUAUUGGAAUGUUGAAGUGUGUACUGAGAGUGAAUAUUUAAAAUUGGCGAGCUUUGUGGUUCUGUUGUAUGAGAAGGAAGAGUUGAGAAA